UUUUCCUCCAACGGCCUCCCCUACCGCAUCCAUCCACACACACACAGGCCGGCCCACGCACAACCACCAGGUCCUCUCCUCGCCGCUCCCCUAAUUCGAAGCGCCGGGCGCUCUCUCCUCCGCGCUCCCUGAUCAAGCCGAGUCGCCUCGAGCCCUCGACGCCGACGGGUUCCAGGCUCGAUUGGGGUUGAGUUCUCAGUGAUGGCGGCUGCGUCCAGGAAGGAGGAGGAGAGGAACGAGCGGAUCGUGAGGGGCCUCCUCAAGCUGCCGCCCAACCGCAGAUGCAUCAACUGCAACGCCAUCGGGCCGCAGUACGUCUGCACGAGCUUCUGGACAUUCAUCUGCAUCUCCUGCAGCGGCAUCCACCGUGAGUUCACGCACCGAGUAAAAUCGGUGUCUAUGUCCAAGUUCACCGUGCAAGAGGUUGAGGCCCUUCAAAAGGGUGGGAACCAGCGAGCCAGAGAAUUAUUGUUGAAGGAUUUCGAUACCCAGCAAAUGAGGGUACCUGAUAGCAGUAACACUGAAAGCCUUAGAGAAUUCAUAAAUGCUGUUUAUGUGGAGAGAAGAUAUGCUGGUGUAAGUUUGUCCGAAAGGCCUCCAAGAGAUAUACAGAUUCAGAAAUCCCAUGAAGAGGAACAUAGAAGGGCUAGUUCCUAUCAUUCAUUUUCUCAGAGCCCACCUAAUGACUACCAAUAUGAAGAAAGGCACAAUCGCAAGCAACCUGCAAUGCUAAGUAGGAAACCUAGUUCAGACCGAGGGCAUGAUGGGAAGAUGCCUGGAUUUUCUUAUCGUUCACAUAGCCUGCAAGAGAGAAUGUCCGAGGACCAAUUUGCAAAUGAGAGUCGUGGACCGACAACUUCUGACUGCUCAGGGUCAAGCAUGAGUGGUACCUUUGGAACAGCACCCAAAUCACCUGAUUUCUUCGAUGAUGGGUGUUUAAGCCCUCCUGUCCAACAAAAUCAAUCAAAUAUGCUGAGUUGUAAUGGCAUCACGCAAUCCCAGAGAACUGCAUCAACAGGGAACAUAGAUUCCACAUCGCUUAAGUCAGGCAACUCAAGCUUAGCUGAUUUGUUUUUUGAUUUUGAGAAUGUUCACCGAACUCAGCAAUCCAACAAUUCUGCAGCUCCAAGUUUUGUAGCCUUUUCUGCUGCUGUAAAUGGCACAAAGGAGGAUCUCUACAGUCAGCCAAAUUUGCAGCAACAACCUGUAACUGGCUAUCCAUCUGUAGAUUUAUUUGCAAAUAUGCCUCAUACAGCUUCAUCUGCUGAUAAAAUACCACUGGAAGCUCAUCCAUCUGUAGAUUUGUUUGCAAAUAUGCCUCAUACAGCUUCAUCUGCUGAUAAAAUGCCACUGGAAGCUCCAUCAAUGGGCAAUGCUGGGUGGGCUACAUUUGACACGCCCCCAAAGGAUAAACAGCCUGGAGUCACUGGUCCCUCUCCUGUAGCUGACGUAGGUAAUCAUAAACAGAUUCUGGGUCGUGAUUUGUUUUCGUUCGAAACAAGUGAUAGACCAACAUUGUUCCCGACUUCCAAGCACGAAGUUUCAAUCAGCAAUCAGUCUGGUGCUACAUCUCUUGAUACAAGUUGCUCUCAGUUAUGGCAUUCAUUUGAUGAUGCAACUGGGAUCAUCUCUAAUGAUCACUCUGGUGCUGAGCCACUAAGUAAUGAGCUCACAAAUGUAGUCAAUGUUACCAACAAUCCUUUUAGUUGCCCUAUUAGUUCAAAGAAAUCUCAUGGUGAUGAUUGCCAUAAUGUGUUCAUGGAUGAAUUAGCUCUAAGUGCAUCAUUUGCUCCUUUCCUAGAGCCAUCUCCAAUAUCUGAUGUUCCUUCGGGAAAACCCUUUGCUGAUCAGAUUGUGCUAAAUCCAUUUGAUCUCCCCUUUGGUACUGAUUCAGAGGCUACUAAUCUGUUCAUGGACAUGAGCACGCUGCAAGCUGCUUUGCCUAAUUUACCAAUUUCUUUUCUUGAUGGCUUGCCUGAAUCAUGGUUCUCCAACAAUACUUCUACCUAUGUUCCGUCUGGAUCACAUGGUGGACUAACAUGUCUUGUCGAGCAGGCCCCGAACUCUCCGUUGAGGAACAUAACAUUGAGCACUGUAUCUACUGGCAAUCCUUUUGCAUAGAGAAAGGAUUCGGCUUGGAAAUCUACAUGGCUUUGUGCUGCUUGGGACUUGUGUGAAAAGAGCGAGUAGCACCUGUUGACCUGUUCCUUGGGUUCACUGAACUUGUAUGUACCAGAUACAGAUAGGGAGCUCGUGAAGGCCACUCUGCGGAGACUCGGAUAUCUAUGGUUUGGCUGACAGUGCACAUUUUGUGCCCCUUGCCUCUUGGAGUUUGGGAACCCUUGCUGGUGGCUGUGACGACGAUGGCAGUGGAUGACAGGUGGUGAUGGGGAUGACAGCGGUGAUGCUAACGUUAGUAGAUGUUGAGCCCAAAGCGUAACGUAUCCUGCUAUUGCUCGGCAAAUUUGACAAUUUUGAUCUCGGGACGAAAUCAUUUCACAAAAUGAACUGGUUGCGAAACUAUUUCACUCCCUUGACCCUUUUGUGUAGCGCCCGCCACGCCGGCGCUACACCCUACUGUGCAACGUCUUACAGAUAGGCGCUACACGGCCAGCGUCGCACCCAUAUGUGCCCAAGUCAGCGUGCAGCGCCUGAUAGCUAGGCGCCACACUACACAGUGUAGCGCCUGGCUCCUGGGCAUUGCACUAGUGCAGCGCCUAGCUCCUGGGCGUUGCACUAGUGCAGCGCCUGAGAGUUAGGCGCCAAGGGUCAGCCGCGUGAAAUAGUUUCACGGACAGUUCAUUCUGUGAUUUGAUUUCGACUAUAGGUCAAAUUUGUCAAAUUUGCCCUAUUGCUCCAUUCAUAGAACGUCAUUGGAAAAGUUAUUCCUAGACGUGACGUUUGAUAGACCAAUCUUCCACCAUUAUAUUAUAUAUAUACAUAACGUUUCUUGGUCGAUGCUCUAGAAUGCCGCAUGAUUUGCCAUAGGAGGACU